AUGCUCGAGGGUAGUCGCGAGUGCUGUCUGAGCUCCCAGGGGAGCGGAGUUACUGAUAAAUUAUUAGGUGUAGGAGUGAUGAUGUUGUUGGCUUUAACAGUCGAACGCUAUGUAAGCGUAUGCCAUCCAGGCCAACAUCCACGUCCCUUAUGUGGGCCUCCUCAUCUGGUAGUUACUCUAAUACCAAUGGUAACUUUCCUUGUUUACCUACCAAAUGUGUUCAGAGGAGAAAUAACAACUUGUCUCGUAUCAUUUGGUGGCUCAUUGAUUUAUCAAAAACGCGACAAUUCGACGUUUAUGCACUCAAUAUUCUACCAAAUUUACAAAGUCGUCCUAGAAGUUGUGUUCAAAGUAGCUCCAAUAAUACUUCUCGCUGGAUUUAAUUUACGGAUAAUGAUUGUGUAUAGAAAAUCAUGCGAAAGAAGACGAAGAAUGACUUUAUCUCGAACUAUGCAUAGUGGCGAUGAAGAUUUGAGAACAUUCUCAGAAGAACGACGUCUUAUUUUACUUUUGAGUAGUACGAGUAUUCUUUUUCUUGUUUGUGUCAGUCCAAUGGUUAUACUGAAUGUUACUUUGAGUGACAGCAACUUGACUUUAUAUCCUUAUCAAGUAGGUAUAAUAUGGCGUGUAUUAUCAAAAAAUUGA